AUGACUAAAUGUGUGCAAUAUUUGCACGAAAAGCACAUCAUUCAUAGAGACCUCAAACCGGACAAUGUGUUGAUUACAUGUGAAGGGUAUAUAAAGUUAUGUGACUUUGGUUUGGCUAAAGAGGUCCCAAAUUGUGAUCCGUUUCUUAUGACCAAAGCUAUACAUACCGCUGAUGUCGGGAAUCUGUCAUAUCAGGCACCGGAAGCCCAGACUAAUGAUUACAACCACUUGAUAGAUAUAUACAGUCUAUCCCUAAUUGGGGCUCAAAUUUUUGGUUUCGAUACAAACGAUAUAAUGGACGGAAAGUAUAAUUAAUGACAUAGAAAAAGACAAAACUAUUUCUGAAUUAAUGCAUGAAAUGAAUGCAUUAUUGGUGUCAAUGAGUGUUCAUAAGUUUCGCGAAAACGGUUCAACAGAUUGGAGGCAAAGACCCGAAUGUUCGCACAUUUUAUCACAAUAGCAG